AAGCGCACUCAGUUCGUGGCGAGAAUCUGGCGAGUGUGGAUGCGUUCCGAGCAGAAGAAACCGCGUACAAACAAAAAUUCACUUCUGCCCCAAUGCAACCAGCAACACCAAAUUAACAAGCAAGAAACACCGACUCAAAGUGCAAUAUUAUCACAGAAAGAAUAAAAGAUACAAGUGUGGCUGCGGUAACGAUAGCGGCAUUCCAUUAAAAGCGCUGCCCCCAAAAAGUUCAGUGUUCGAAAAUCUCUGUACCCCGCAGCAGAAGAUAUAUCUUCAAAAUCCAAACUUUGGAAAAAAAAUCCAAUACAGAUAUCUCCAUGUGUAUAUGUAUAAUGUAUGUGCGUGUGCGUGCGAGUGUGCCUGUAGUGGUGGUGGUGGUGCAAUAAUUGUGAGCGCCAAAAAGCCGAAGAGACGAAGCCGCGCAGCUAAAUAAAUCUCUCGUCUCUACUCAAAUCGCGCUUCUCGUUUUCGCGUCGCUUUCUCCACUUCGAAAGUCGCGUAGUAAAAAGUGUCGGCAAUUUCCGCGCCUCGCUGCACCAACCACCCAUUCACCCACCAAUCUCAACCCAUCUUAACCACUGGGCCACACUUUGUUUUUGGUCAAGUCCCUCGCCUCGCCACUCGGCACUCGAAAUUCGAAAUUGCGAAUUUGGCGCGCACGGGAGCAUCAAGUUUAAAACACGCAAAACCAAGCCACUUAUCAAACAACCGACUCAAUUAAAAUUAAAAUUAGUCACCAAAAUCAAAAAAACGGGCAGAAAAGCUUUGCAAAAAUGUUGAACAUACCCGGGAAAAGCAAUAAAGACUUUUGGCAGCAAAAAUUAUUCUGUUUUGAAGCGUUCAAAACAAGUAAAUGAAAAAAAACAUAAAGUAAACCUAAAAAUAACGUUUAAUAGUUCAGUCAUCGCAAACUAUAAUAAUGCAAUAAAGACAUCAAUUAUAAACAAUUGUGAUGCUGCAGAGAACAUUUUUCGUAAAGUGUCAAUAGGUGAAAAAAAUCAAUUAAAAACGAAAAUUCUAUUUAAUUUGUGAACUGUUCUGUGGUGUUAAUAUCCCAUGUGCCGAGCACGAGAACAAUAAAGAAUUCGACAUUUUGGAAACCGAAAAACCAAUCGAUAGUGGGGGCAAGCCGCAAACAAGGGAUUUAAUCGUGGACUAUCCAAAACAAAUUGAUCCACAUAAAUACGCACACGGACAGCAAAACAGCAAAAUAGCAAAACGGCAAAACAGCGAAACAAAAAUGGAGAGCAAACAUUGGAGCUGCUUUGUGGCCAUUGUGCUGGGCGUGCUAUUAUUCAAAAUGCACAUAUUUGUUGCAUUCGCCGAUCAGGAUGAGGAUAUACCGCACAACGAGGUUCGCAAUUGGGCCUUGAAGUUCGGCGUUGACUUGUGGGAGUUCGGACGUCAAUUUACCAAAAUGAACGAGAUCAAAAAUCGUUUCAAAGACAACGACAUCGAAGUGAAGCGCAAGGAUGGCAUUAUCCUGCUGCGUGAAUUGGCCGGCGAGGUGAAGAACUUUAUGGAUUUCAAGCGCAAUGCUGUUAUGCGCCUGAUGGACUCCGCGGAGCAGGCGGCCCUGUCGGAGCUGGAGGGCCAGGGUCAGGGGGAAUCGCCCCUGGGGGGACAGCAGCAGCACUACGAUGCCCGGCGUAUCAACGAGUAUAAUGCCGAUGGAAAGCUGGCGGACGGAGCCCGCCACAUGGACAUCCGGUUCAUGCGGCGUUUCGAACGCCUGCCGGUCAAUCUCAGUCUAAGCUCGAUUCUGGUGCCGCACGGCGUCGACUUGGACGAGGCGGACGUUAAGUCGGCGCUGCAGUGGAGCGCCCACUUGGACCCGCUGUUCCAGAACAACUUAGAGCAAGAUCCGGCCCUGUCGUGGCAGUACUUUGGCUCCUCCACAGGCUUCCUGCGCCGCUUCCCGGGCACCGCCUGGCCCCCGGAGGGCUCCAAGGGCAGCAAGCUCAUCCACGACUUCCGCGCCCACAAUUGGUUCGUCCAGGCCGCCUCCUCGCCAAAGGAUAUUAUGAUUCUCCUGGAUGCAUCGUCGAGCAUGACAGAGAAGUCCUUUGACCUGGGCAUGGCCACCGCCUUCAACAUACUGGACACCCUGGGCGAAGACGACUUCGUGAAUCUCAUCACCUUUUCGGAGGUGGUGAAAACUCCCGUGCCGUGCUUCAAGGAUCGCAUGGUUCGAGCCACACCCGACAACAUACAGGAGAUCAAGUCCGCUGUCAAGGCCAUCAAGCUGCAGGAUACGGCUAACUUUACGGCAGGUCUGGAGUACGCCUUCAGUUUGCUGCACAAGUACAAUCAAUCUGGGGCCGGAAGUCAGUGCAACCAGGCCAUUAUGCUGAUCACGGAGAGCACUUCGGAGUCGCACAAGGAUGUGAUCAAGCAGUACAACUGGCCACACAUGCCCGUCCGCAUCUUCACCUACUUGAUCGGCAGCGAUUCCGGCAGUCGGAGCAAUCUGCACGACAUGGCCUGCUCGAACAAGGGCUUCUUUGUCCAGAUCAACGACUACGACGAGGCCCGCCGCAAGGUGAUCGACUAUGCCCUGGUAAUGGCCCGUCCGAUGAUCAUGUACCAGGCCGACCAUCCGGUCCACUGGAGUCCGGUAUUUGUGGCCGGCAAGUCGGGCGGACUGGGCCGCGACUCGGAGUACCAGCGUCGCCUGGUGACGACAGUUUCAACUCCGGUCUUCGAUAGACGAAACCAUUCGGUGCGCGUGGCCAAUCUGCUGGGCGUGGUGGGCACCGAUGUGCCCAUCGAGGAGAUCCGUAAGGUGAUCCCCCAGCACAAGCUGGGACCGAAUGGCUAUUCCUUUAUCGUGGAUAACAACGGGCGAGUGCUCUACCACCCGGAUCUGCGGCCCCUGGGCGAUGCCAACCAGUAUAUCGACCAGCUGAAGCCCAAGUACGCGUCGGUCGACAUCACGGAGUUGGAACUGCCGGAGACGGAGUUCGGCAAUAAUAACGAAAUCAUCGAAAUAAACAAGAAUCUGCUGAACGAGAUGCGCGGUGAUAUGAUAAAACCUAAGGAGGGCGAGACGGAGUUCACCGUGAUGAACCACUACGAUGACUCCAAGAGAGUGUCCACCAGAACGCAUCGCUACUUCUACGGUCCCAUCGAGGAUACACCAUUCACACUGGCUAUUGUGCUCCCGGAAAAAUACGGUAGCCAUGAGUUUGUCUCCCAGCAGGAGAUUCGGCAUUCGCGUAACAAUGUUACCGAAUACUUUAAGGGGGACAACUGGCGCGUACACCCCGACUGGGUGUAUUGCGAGUACAAUAGCGUCAGUGAUCUGGAGAAGGAACGGGAGAGCUCCGGCGAGUACUCCUCGCGCGAUCAGGAGCCCAGUUUCGGGUCGCCAGAGGAGCAGGUAUUGCACUUUCUGUCUCGCGCCGGACGCCCUGGUUGGAAGUGGAUGUCGGUUCGACCCAAGUCGCCGCAGCCACAUCACAACAUGCACAGUGGCUCCAACGGCAAUUCGCCCGGAUCGAGCCACUUUGGAUCGCAGCACUCAAACUCUCAGGGAUCUCGCAAGGCUGAGCCCUACUUCUGCGAUCGAACCCUCAUCCAGAGCUUGGUGCGCGAUGCCAUGGUGACCGAUGGACUGGACAGGAACACGACUGGAUCCUCCAGUGGCAAGGAGGAUAAGCAUCCAAUCGCCACAUUGAUGGCAAUUCUUAAGAGGCAAGGCUAUCAGAAGUUUGUGGUUGCCACUUCGUUUGUGGCCACGAGAUCGGGUCUUCUCCGGUGGAUUGAUCACGUCAAGCGACCCGAGGAUACACCCGAGCCUCACUUUAGCGAAGAUAAUGUAAGAGCCAUGGAUACUUCCUGGUACAAGCGAGCCAUAGAUCAGCACUCCGUGGAACCGGACAGUUUUGUGUACAGUGUACCCUUUGGUUCGGGCUAUGCCAUCAAAUCGAAUGCCACCCUGGUGACCGCCUCACAUGCCAUAUUUGUGGAGCAUCGGGGUCACAAAGCUCCAGCGGGGGUUGUGGGUCUCCAGUUUCAGCACGAUUCCCUAGCGAAACAUUUUAUUAACAUCACCUCUGCCUGCACCGGAAUGACGGGCUGCAAGAGGACCUGCGCAUCGGACAAUCUCGACUGCUAUGUUUUGGACAACAGCGGAUUCGUGAUCAUAUCCGAAGAGAUGGAGCACACGGGCAAGUUUUUCGGUCAAAUCGAUGGCACCAUUAUGGACUCCUUGGUCCAGGAUCGGAUCUACAAAAGGGUAACGGUCAACGACUAUCAGGGUGUCUGUUCCGAUGCGGACAAUCCCUAUACGGCGGCAGGUGGCAUUUUGCAGCCAAAUCGACUGGGCUCCUGGUUCUUCAACCAUCUUUUGGCCCUGAGUGCCACUUGGUUGUCCUUUAUGCCAGCCUCAUUGCGAGCCUGGCCACAAGAGGAGUAUACCUACGACAACGAGGAUGUUGUGUUUGUCGACAACAAUUACUCUGACGAAUACGAGUUCGGAAAUGAAUACAACAUGCAAGUGGAUCAGGAAAUGGAUGAGUUCUUCACCACUGCUGAUGUGGAGUAUACGACGCCACCGCCUAGGCAACAUAAGCCCCACGUGGGACCCCGAUUUUCACCGGACCCGCAAAAUGCCAGACGCUGCGACCUGCGCACGGAUCUCUACAUGCUUCAGCCGGAGCGACUCAAUCAGGGUGGUCAGAACAAUCCACUCAAGGGUAAACUAACCAACUGUCAUGUAUCUGGAUGCGAGCGUCCAUUCAGCGUCCAGAAGAUCCCGCACAGCAAUCUGAUCCUGUUGGUGGUGGACACUUUGUGUCCGUGUGGAUCCAAGCAACUGGACAUCGAGCCCUUGGAGGAGGCGGGUGUUAUCGGAGCCUGCAGUACGCGACGUCAGGGACAGGAGCAGGAGUCGCGUCGCCGGCCCAAAAAAUGCAUCAACUACCAUCCCGAGGAGAUCGAGAUACAGCAAUGUGGGCGUGGCAGCACCUUGCUGCACAUGUCCGGCUCGGUGAUUGUGGCCCAUCUCCUGAUGGUCACCGUGACCUUUGUGCUGGCCAAUGCGUGAUAUGAGCACUAAAUGAGUAUUGAGAAUUAGGUUUGCACCAUUUUUGUGUCGAAAACAAUAAGCGAAUGAUUCCCUAGAGGGCUCGAACAUUUCUUUUGAUCGAAAGAAAUACGCAGUUUGAGUUUGUUGAUUUAUAUGGAGAUGGAAGCUGUGGUCUACCACUUGCCACUACAUGAGGUAAAAAGAAAAAGCAAAUAUUCAUUAGAAGAUUCGUAAAAUGAGCAACGUUAUACAGAUAAUACUAACGAGUUUAUAUCCCUAUGUUUGUAGACAAUAAUUUGCUGGAAAAUAUUUUGAUUAAAAAUUAGAAGAAACUAUAGCUAAACAUGAAUUUUGUAUGUAUGCGUGCGAUAAGAAUAGCAUUUAAAACUAAAUUGUUUAGUCAAGUAUUCUAGAGCGAGCUUUGUUUACCAUUUAUUAAAGUGAAUAAUUUCCUCCUUAAUAUAAAUUAAGGCAUGCAAAAGUAAAAGACAGUGCAAAAAUCAUGAACUGAAUGUAAUAGUGAGGGAAAAACAGUUAUCAGUCGAAUUAUGUAAAUAGUAUCAGAAAAUAUUCAAAAUGAGCAAAAUUCCUACCGAUAAAUAAUUCGUUUUUUCCUGUUUUCUAACGUACAACUUUAAUACUAAAUAAAUGGAGUUACUUUUGCACUCAACUGCGUACGCACAAAUAUCAAAAGUAUUAUUUUACAACCAAACAAAAUCGAAUUCACUGAACAAAUGGAAGACUUGAAAUACCCGACAGCAAUGUAAAAACAACAAAAGCACACAAAAAACAAAAAUAAAAAUAAAAACAGAACAAUGAUACAGACAGUUCAUAUCUUAUAUGUACAUGGUUGACAUCCAAUUUUGAACAGAAUCAAGAAAAACGAAAGCAAAAAAAAAACAAGUUAGUUGUUAAAUAAAUAUUUGAUUAGUUUUGCAGAAAAUAAACAAAAAAAACAAAGUGGAAAAAGAAUAAUAAUUUAUUUUAUAUACAUUUUUAUACAAACCUCAUUCAUACAAAAAGAUGCGAAAGGCGAAAACAAAACCGAUUAACUAGAGUAAUCGUCCCAUUAAUUUUUUGACUAUAACCGUAUGUUCUUUGGGUUUAUUCAUUUAUUAGUCCUACAUAGAAAUUUACAUAUCUAUUGGAGUUCUUUUCUAAACUAACAAACGAAACUAUUUAAAAUAUAAAAAAACCAUUACAUAAAACACUUACAUAUUCACACCGACACUCAAUCUCACUCACUCUAAACACACAAAAACACACCUACAAACAUAUACAAAAUAUAAAGAAAGAAUAUUUUCUGUGUCUUAAACUUGUAUAAAAAAUGUCUUCCAUUAAAAAUACUUAACGAAAAAGAAAAAUGCAAGCAAAGUAAAACAAUUUAUAAAUCAAUAACUACUAAUUAACUUAAACUAAAAAAUACGAUUAUAUAAGGAAAUAUAUAUUAAAACAUUUAACUCGAAAGUCAUUAACCAAGCAUAAACAAUUUCAAAAGUUUCGUUCUGCGUCGCGAGUCCAGCUUUAAGCGGGAAGUGGUCAGAGGAAACCCAAAAAAAAAACGGAAAUAAAAAUUCUUACACCCAUUAGAAGGUUAGAUAAUGUAGUUAGUUAGGGCUGGAUAAUGAACAGUACCGGCAGGAAGAAGAGCAUGCAAAGGGCGGAUCCAUACAAGCAUUAGAUGAAAUAUUAGCAGAAUAUUUAAUAUAUAGUAAAUAUAUAUGUAAUAAACCUAAUUUAACACACAA